AUGCCCCAAGUAAAAUCAGCCUUAACGGCGUUCGGUAGCCAGAAAGCUAAGUUUAGGAAUGACGGAGAGGCGACAAUUUGGCAAAGGCGCGGGUCGUCGCGGCGCCUAGCCUCGGGCGUUUCUCGGCUGGCGCCCAAGCAGGGAGCGCGCAAAGGGCUCCAGACAAGGGCUGAGAGUAACCCAUACGCCCUGAAAGAAGGUGGCGGUGAAAUGUCUGCGUGGACAUCAGCAGGCCUUCAACCCUCUAGCGGCUACUACCCAUACGACCCUACAUUAGCUGCCUACGGAUAUGGAGCGGGAUACGAUUUAGCAGCUAGAAGGAAAAACGCGACGCGAGAAUCUACAGCGACGCUCAAAGCAUGGCUAAACGAACACAAGAAAAACCCGUAUCCCACUAAAGGCGAGAAGAUAAUGUUAGCGAUCAUAACUAAGAUGACAUUGACACAAGUUUCGACGUGGUUCGCAAACGCACGGAGACGACUCAAGAAGGAAAACAAAAUGACUUGGGAGCCAAAGAAUAAAACGGAUGAUGAUGACGACGCCAUGCUCUCCGACGAAGAGAAGGAACAAGACGAGAAAAUUAAAAAUAGCAAAGAUGAGGAGCGGAAGGAUGAUCUGCUGCAAGGGAUGCAUAGCCAGCUACUCGGAUACGGGAUAAAGGAAGAAUCAAAGCGGGGCCCCUCCGAGUGUGGCGUGCCUAUACCUGCUUCGAAGCCGAAAAUUUGGUCACUGGCUGAUACGGCGGCGUGUAAAACUCCACCACCAGCCGCUCAACCUUGGCCUCAGCAUGGUUAUGGACCCGAACGACCGCCUCCAGCCGAUGGCAGUUCUAACGGAUUCGUCUUGCCCGCAACGGCUGCAGCAAGCCCUGCGAGUGGGUCCUACGGACGAUACGGUGGCUUCCCUGGUGGCCAAUACAGCGGGCAACAUCCCUGCAUACAUCCAGCUGCAUUUCCCGAUGUGCAAACGGAUACGCCACCCCAAACACCCCCCAAUAUGAAGGUGCACAGUGUCGCCAACCCUCUUGGUAGUGGUGGUUCUGGCUACUGCUUCCCCCGGCACCAGCAAUCACCACAGCGUGACCCCUACCACAAUCCCCAUCACACGAACAAUCAUCAACCGAACCAGCAUCACAACGAGGGAUCAGCAGCCUUUAAACCGUUUUAUAAGAGGUGA